CCCACAAGUGAUAGCCUGGCACCUUUAUUAAAGAGUAAGGUAAGAUCAAUAGUUUGCUACGUUUCUUUCCUUUAUCUUUCCAUACGUUUAAGUUUAAAUUAAGUUUACUUUUAAAAAUAUUUUAAAAUGGUCAAAAUGGCUCUCUAAUAGUCAUCUUAUAUCCCUAAAUUGUCUAGAAAUGCUUUAAGGGAAACUAAGCUUCUAAAAACUAUGCAAUAAAACUCCAGGAACCACAAACUCAGCUAAAAUUCCCUCAUGCCACUUGACAGAGAAAAGUCUUACCAGUCGAUCUAAUUGUUCUUAAAACAUAGCCAGUCUUAACGUCUUAAUGAUGCUGACAGUUUCGAUGACUGCCAGCCAUAUUUAUCAAAACUUGAAAAACAUUAAAAGUGUCAGAAGCCUUAAAUAGGCUUCUGAAGGUGUUAAUUAUUGUUGCGAUAAACGCGCAAAGUCACUCUGUAGACGCCCCCUCCCCCCUGGUUUGACUUUGCGCGUUUGAUCGCAAUACUUAUAACUGGCUAUGUUUUAAGAACAUUUAAAUCUACUUAUUAACUUCACUAGCCUGAUGAAUUUCUUCAAAAAAAAAAAAGUCUUACUAAUGGCAACACGUGUGCAUGCAGCGUUACCGUUACAAAAUCUUUAAGAGACUGUCGUCAAGGCUUGCGUUAUAUUUUGAAUUUUAAUGGGCCAAUUGUAUGACAACUUUCCGAAAUAUACCUGACUUUUAUCCCAUGUUUUAAAGACCGGACAAAUUAUUGGUAACGGAAGUUUCAAUUCUACCUUUUCUGCUAGAUCUUUAAAUGAAAUUAAUAACACUGAGAGACCAUGAUGCCUACUCCAUCCUACUCCAUAAAAAUCCUCACUAGUUCAUCCGUUACUAAAAAUCAGCACGAAUCACUUUUCAUCUUUUCCUAUUGUAAUUUUAGUAACAGGCUUUUGCUCUUCGUAUAAUGCAUUGCGUAUCUAAAGGAGCAAAAUUAGUAAUAUUUACCCGAUGAAAGUCAUUCGCGACAUUUAUUUCUAGGCCAUUAAUUUGUGAUCUGCCUUUAGAUCGGUAACGGAAGUUUCAUAAAAAUCCCGGACAUCAGUUCACUGUAGUCAAAAGCAACAAAACUGAUCUGCAGUGAGAAAAGUUAGUGUAGGACUCUAACUUAAGUCCUUCCACAGACAUUGUAUCGAUUAGUAUCCAUACGGUAUAACGCGACAAGCAAAAAUAUACCGGAACAUUCUAUACCUACGUGCACCCUCUCUGCGGACAUAGCAAAAUGCAUGACACAUUUGACCUUGAUUCCCUUAAAGCUUACUGCAUACAGGAUCACAAAUAGGCCCUGUUGCUAUUUAUUUGGGCAUAUUUUAGGUAUUUAUCAGCGAAAUGAUUAUGGGAAACGAUUUGAGACCGCAAAUAUUGCCAUGGACACCAAAACAUGGUACCUUACCCAAUUAACUUGAUAUGAGUGUGUAACUCAUUUAGUAACACACUCACAUCCUACCCUAUCUUUCAGAUGGAAAGUACAUUUUUCCUUUUGUUCUUUGUCUUGUGCGCAUGUACAUCUUUGGUGAGGUGUGCAGAGGAACCCCAGAAGGGAGGGGCAGAGCAACGACCAGGUAAGGGAAAAGUCUCAAUUAACUGAAAUAUUCUAUUACCUCACCAACAAAAAUUCUCAAAUAACUCUGAAUAAUUGCUGGUUUUACCAGAGCAUAAGGUGUUGGUCAGCUAUAUUGAUGGCUGUUGGUCUCUAGGCCAUUUCCGAGUUGCCCAAAGCUUCUGUUUCAAAGCGCAUCUAAGUGCCAAGCUAGGCCACUUCCAAAAAUCAUUCAUACGAAUACUGCACAAAAUCUCCCGAUCUCACCUUAAAUGACCCCUGAGCCUAGCGCGACUUCCAACCAAGGUCGUUAGUUAAUGGGUAAAAUCAUGCUGACUUGAAUAAAGACCUUGUCGAAGGUUAGCCUGUGUCAGGUUCUCAGAUACUAGGCAGGGGUGUCUCGGAAACCAGGUUUUUUGUGGAAAAAUGUGACGCGCGGGUGUUUUCCAACCAGUUUCACGAUCUCUGCAAAAUAGUAUUUUGGAGCUUGGAAAAGGCUAACCUCGGGUCAGAUGACCUCGUCUUUUGCCGAUGAAGUAAAGCUGUCCAUCUAUAGUGUCUAUGGCCUUAUUGACGUCAAUUAGAAGGGAAAAGAGAAGACCCCCUGGUGUGAGUCGAAAAGAACAGGGCAGGUAGACUGCGGUCAAGUGCGGUAUCAUGGUCUAUCUGCUAUUGAGUUUGGUAGGGUGGGGUCAGAACACACAUGGGAUGAAACAGCAGCCGAUUGCUCCUUCAUUUGGUGACGUCCUAUCACCCCCUCAAUUCAGCCAUCAGCUUCGAGGGAUUGAAGAAUCGGAACCAGUAAUUUUCCUUCUUUUAGGCACCUUCAAAAUGUCUAUUUUUGUAUGCUCUUCUUGGUAGAUUCACACCACAGCCCAGGAGGUACAACAUCUCUUUAUGGCGGGGACAUCAAAUUCACACCGAAACAAAAGGAAAACAUGAAAAAGUACGGAACUCCGAACGGUCCACAAACUCGAGCUGCCAGCAACGUAGACAGUGAAAGGUGGCCCAACGCUGUC